UCUUCUUCGUCUUCUUCGAUUACGUACUCAUCCCUUUCUCUCUCUCCCUGUCUGCGCGAUUCCUCUAUAAAAUCCCACCACGAGCCUUCCAUUAUUGGAACAAAGCAACGACCUUGAUUCCAAAUCUCGCCUCCUCCUUCCAUUCCAGCAGCUGGGUUCCGGCGAAUUUCGCCGUUCCGAUCUUCCGCGGCGACCAAUAGGAGGUGCGCCGAUCGCCGCCGUCGACGUCUCCCCUGCUCCCGCUCCCGCUCCCGCUCCCAUUUCCGGAGGGGUUUUCUUCGUUGAAAACCGGAAUCGCUUGGGAUUCCGUCGCUCGUCGGCGCUCCGGGACCGCGAAUUCGAGAUUGGCGGCGGAGCUUUGGCUUUUGGGGCGUGCUCCGAUUUUCUCGGCGGAAAGGUGGAGGCUUGGGGAUAUCCCGUCCGCUGCUGCAAAUCGCGAUUGUCUUGACCUCGAAGCUGUUUGGUUGUUGUGGGCACCAGAGACUCUAGUUGAAGUCGGAAUUCGGAAGAAGAUAAGCGGAAGAUGACGAUCGGAGACAUCGCGCCGAAGAAGGAGAGGAAGUCGCGGAGGAGCAAGGCGGUCGCGGACGAGAAGGCGCCGCUGUUGCCCACGAGGAAGGACGAGGAAGAGAGCUUCGAUGAGUUCAACGGGGCUUCCUUCACCGGGGCGGUCUUCAAUCUGGCCACGACCAUCGUCGGCGCCGGAAUCAUGGCGCUGCCGGCGACCAUGAAAGUCCUGGGUCUCGGCCUGGGGAUCGCCACGAUCGUCUUCAUGGCUUUCUUGACCAAUGCGUCCAUUGAAUUGUUGCUCCGGUUUAGCAGGGCGGGCAAGUGUAUGUCGUAUAGUAGUCUGAUGGGGGAUGCUUUCGGCAAGUACGGGAGGAUUCUGCUGCAGAUAUGCGUCAUGGUCAACAACAUCGGCGUGCUCAUUGUGUACAUGAUCAUCAUCGGGGACGUGCUCUCCGGAACAUCUUCCAGCGGCGUUCACCAUGCUGGUGUUCUUGAAGGGUGGUUUGGAGGACACUGGUGGAAUGGCCGUACUUUGGUUCUUCUUGUCACGACACUAGGAAUAUUUGCUCCGUUGGCAUGCUUUAAGCGAAUAGAUUCAUUGAGAUACACAUCUGCCUUGUCUGUAGCACUGGCAGUGGUGUUUCUUGUUAUCACUGUGGGAAUUUCAAUCAUUAAAUUGAUUGGUGGAGGCGUUGCAAUGCCCAGAUUGCUACCUGAUAUAACUGAUUUGGCAUCAUUCUGGAAGAUCUUCACUGUAGUUCCUGUUCUUGUCACUGCAUAUAUCUGCCAUUACAAUGUCCACACCAUUGACAAUGAACUCGAAGAUUCCACACAGAUAAAGGCAGUUGUGGGAACGUCACUUGGUCUGUGUUCAUCUGUGUAUAUAAUGAUUAGCUUCUUUGGGUUCCUCCUCUUCGGCGAUGGGACACUUGAUGACGUGCUUGCUAAUUUUGACACCGACCUUGGCAUUCCUUACAGUUCCUUGCUCAAUGAUGCCGUUCGUGUUAGUUACGCAGCGCAUCUUAUGCUUGUAUUCCCCAUAGUCUUCUAUCCAUUGCGACUGAACAUGGACGGCCUUCUCUUUCCCUCUGCAAGGCCACUUGUUUCAGAUAACCUGAGGUUUGGAUUGCUCACAACUGGUCUUAUAACUGUAAUAUUCGCGGGUGCAAAUUUUAUCCCCAGCAUCUGGGAUGCUUUUCAAUUUACUGGAGCGACAGCUGCUGUUUGCCUUGGCUUCAUUUUUCCCGCUGCUAUCACUCUGAGGGAUCAUCACAGCAUAGCAACCAAGAAGGACAAGAUUUUAGCCAUUUUCAUGAUUGUUCUUGCCGUCUUCUCAAAUGUGGUGGCUAUCUAUAGCGAUGCUUAUGCUUUAUUCAAGAAGCAUGAAUCUCCCCGUGAAUGAUGGCUGCGGCAUCUAAGACUCGGUAAUGUGGAGAACGAGAUAGUAUUGGAUUUUGAGUCAACCCAAAUAAAAGAAAAAGACCUGGGAAUGCUUACUCUGUAGGAUUCAAGCGCGGAAAUGUAUGCAUGCCGGUCAUUGUACAAAUCUGCUAGUUUGAAAAAUCUGUAUAAAACCGUGUGAGGACAAGGGGGUAGUAUUAUUGUCAUCUGCUCGAAACUGCUUUACCAACUGCAGGCUCAAUAUAUUGGAGUGUCGUGAUUUAGACUUUUUCUCCCUA